CUGUCUUUCAUGAUGGAACACAAUGAAGAAACCAGCGCGGUGUCUCUCUGUGAGCCACAGCGAUCUAACUUUAGUGUGCAAGAACCUGACAUCGGUAACAACAACGACCACGCUGGUAGACAGCGAGUGCUAGAUAGAAAGAGAGCCUUGGCUCUUAUUGGUUCCGCGCUAUCACAGCUACCAAUAUGGGGCUUCGCCAUGAGCUACGGCGUUCUGCAAGAAUACUACUUUGACCAUUGGACGCUACAAGGUAGUCGCCGAAUUACCGGCAUCAUCGGCACGACAUCUAAUGGUGUUAUGUACCUAUCCAUGCCCUUCUUGUUCGCCCUGUUCAGCAAGCGAUUGGCCCAUUACCGUCAGCCUGCAGCUAUUUGCGGUGCGCUUCUUGCAUGCGCAAGCUUUAUUUUAUCUUCAUUUAGUAAACAUGUUUGGCAUUUAGUCGCAACACAGGGAGUCCUAGCAGCGUUAGGAUGCGCACUCGUUUACAGCCCGAUGACGCUCUCCCUAGGUGAACGGUUCAAUACCCCAAAUCGAAUCUGUAAUCGAGCUAUAGCCUAUGGGAUCUGUCUGUCUACCAAGAAUAUUGUAGGGUCGGUUUGUCCAUUCAUUUUCCGAGGCCUCCUCGACCGAUAUGGUUUCCGUACUACCUUAAUCAUAUGGGCGGGUAUAACAGCUGCCACCGCUAUUCUCUCCAUUUUCAUGGUGCAGACACCUUGUUCAAGCAUGGUCACGAGCACUCCUCGAGGGCGGAAGAUUGCAUGGCAGUUCAUCCGACAUCAAACAUUUUGGGUCUACAGUAUGGCUACUCUGCUCCAGAGCGCGGGAUACGGAAUUCCGCAAACAUAUUUGAGCGAAUAUGCCCGCAAUGUUUCCGCACUGUCCCCGACCUUUUCAACGCUCCUCCUCACUCUGAUCAACAUACCCGGCAUUUGCUCCUCGACUUUUUUCGGCUUCCUGAGCGACAACAAACACUUUCAACUUUCUGCUCCUACUGUCACAGCGAUAUCCGCCAUCAGCUCCGCUCUGGCUGCAUUCCUGUUCUGGGGCUUAGCCGCAAGAGGGGGUAUAGCGUUAUUGGUGCUCUUUGCUAUCACCUUUGGCUUCUUCGCUAGCGGCUACAGUGCGACCUGGGCCGGAAUCAUGAACGACAUGGAACAGGAUGCCGCGGAAAGGAACGAGGCCCUCGAUAGUGGUGUUCUUUAUGGCUUACUGAAUGGUGCGAGGGGCAUCGGAUACGUAGGCGGUGGGCUUGUUAGUGUCCCUCUGAUAAAAGCUGGGAGCACAGACUCGGUUGGAAACUUUGGAUAUGGAAGCACUUAUGGUCCCCUUAUCAUAUUUACAGGUCUCGCGUUAGCUCUUGGUGGCUGCGGAUUGGCUGUUCAUCCGAACUGGACAAAGAUACUACAUUUGCGUUGAAGUAGAAGUGUAAUUAUAGUAUAGAUUGCCCGCAUUAAACUGAGAAGGAUUUUUUUGAGCAAUUGAAGUCCACC